GCGAGAUUCGAUCCCUGACCGCGGGUCCCGACUGCGCCUCCCUCUCCCUGGGUAAAGUAGGAUCCGUGGGGAAACCGCUGUUGUUCAUCCGCGAGGUCUCCCUCAGAGGUGUUACCGUCACCUGCGCGUUCAGGUAACUAGGAGCCUCGCGCCGCACGUUGCCAACGAGCCGCCGGGCUCACGAGCUCACUCAAAACACCGCGUUUUUAUUUCAGCAGGGUGAUCAAAACGGAUUAUCGCAUUGUUGUUGUUGUUAUUUACGUCUUGCUGAUAGACGUAACACCUCUCUCUGAAUUGAGGACAAGCAGCUACUGUCGACUGUUUUUACCCGGAGGCCCUGGAGACCUCGGUGUCGAGUUCGGCGUGUAGCCGCGAAAGGCGUCGCAAGGCCCCGCGUUACAUUUGUUGUUGCAGGCGGUAGUUUGGUUUUGGACAGUUGAGGCUUCCGUACUUCGCGGGACGAGCUGGCGCUCUGGAAAUACUCCACUACAAAUGGAGGCCAUGGAGGUGGACCUCCCCGGGGUGCUGCCGGGUGCCGGAGGAGGCGGGACCAGACGCAGCAGACGGCGCGCCAUCAACAUGGCGGCUGGCUUGGCGGGAUCGGCCGCCGCGCCGCAGGACGUCUCUGACUCCAGCGACACGGAGGUGGACGAGGACGGCGAGGGGGAGUGGACGGCGCCGCCCGCCAGACUUCCCUUCACCUGGGCCUUCAGCCAGAGGGCGGCGCGCGCGCCCUCGGCCGCUCAGGGGGCGUGGCUACGGAGGAGACUCAGGCAGGGCCUCAGGGUGCACUACUCCAGCCAGACGGCAGCGCCCUCAAGAGGCUUCCAAGAGUUCCUGUUGCGGGCGCCGGUCGCCGGCGCGGCCGAGCCGGAGUCCGGCAACACCACCGAGGUCAGCCAGUCCGAGGAUGACGAGGAAGAAGGCCCGGCCGCCAUCGCUCCGGGGCCCGGCGACCCGGCGCCGCCCGCCGGUCCUCGCCUCGCCUCGCAACCACAGGAAGCCGACUCGAAUCAGGACUCCGGUCCAUCUGCAGACGGAGAGAGGACAGACGCUCCGAGUCAGAACGUCCAGCCGGCGCCCGUGGCUCCGCCCCCCGAAGCCCCGCCCCCCCUGCAGCAGUCGGAAGAGGGCGAAGGUGACAUCUGCUCCAUCUGCUUCGAGGCGUGGACGACGGCGGGCGAGCACCGGCUGUCCGCCCUGCGCUGCGGUCACCUGUUCGGCUUCACCUGCAUCCGGCGCUGGCUGAGCGCCCAGGGCCCGUCCGCCAAGUGUCCGCAGUGCAACAAGAAGGCGAAGCGCUCCGACAUCGUCCUGCUCUACGCUCCCAAGCUGAGAGCGCUCGACAACUGUGAGCAGGAGAUCCUCAAGAAGUCUCUGUACCAGGAGCAGUCUCUGAGGAGGAAGGCUGAACUCGAGUCGGCUCAGUUCAAACUGAAGCUUCAAGUCGUCACCAACAAAUACGGACACGCACAACAAGAGCUGCAGGAGCUGAGGGCUCUGAUGUCCCGUGGCAGCCAGGGCUCUCUCUCCUCCUCGGCGUCGGGCUCGCUCCCCUUCGGCCCGGGAGCCCGGCGCCGCCCGCCGGGCUCCCGGGGGCCCCAGUACGUGUUCUCCAAGGCGGUGCUGGUGUCGCAGGCCGGGGGCUCCCGGGUGCUGGCCUACUGCGAGCCGCUCAGCUGCCUGCUGGCCUCGCAGCCGUCGCCUCAGGCCACGCUGGUCCCCGGUUGCGGCGUGAAGAAGGUGAGCGUGGUCAACAUGAAGGCCAGUCAGUACGUCCCCAUCCACAGCAAACAGAUCCGAGGUCUGUGCUUCAACCGGCAGAACGACAGCCUGCUGCUGUCGGCGGCGCUGGACAACACCAUCAAACUCACCAGCCUCCUCACCAACACCGUGGUCCAGACCUACUCCACCUCUAAGCCCGUGUGGAGCUGCUGUUGGUGUUUGGACAACAGCAACUACGUCUACGCCGGCCUGAGCAACGGCUCGGUGCUGGUGUUCGACACCAGAAACACCAGCACACACGUGCAGGAGCUGGAGGCGCUGCGCUCACGGUGUCCCGUGGCGUCCCAGCUCGCUCGUGGCUCCAGCAGCUCGCGCGGCGGGCUGAUCUCCAGCUCGCUGGAGGGCGGCUGCUUCUGGGAGCAGGUGAACGAAAACACGUACCGGCCGCACGCCAUGCCGCUGGAGGGCGCCGGCUGCACCGGCAUCCAGGUGGAGACGGAGAGCCGCCACUGCCUGGUCACCUACAGGCCAGGCCGCUCCAACCCGUCCCUGCGCUGCGUCCUGAUGGCGCUGACCCGCACGCCGCAGCAGGACUCCGCCCACCUGCCCAGCUGCUCCUGCUCGCCGGUCCAGACGUUCUCCGCCGGCUCGUCCUGCAAACUGCUCACCAAGAACGCCGUGUUCAGCAGGCCGGGCGGGGGGGGCACCCUGGUGUGUGCCGGGGACGAGGCCUCCAGCUCCACCAUGGUGUGGGAUGCCUCCAGUGGGGCUCUCCUCCAGAAGCUCCCGGCUGACCUCCCGGUGUUGGACAUCUCUCCGUUCUCUCUGAACGGUGAUCACUUCCUGGCCUCCCUGACCGAGAAGAUGCUGAAGCUCUACAGGUGGGAGUGAACCAGGGAUCUCUCUCUCUCGCUCGCCCUCAAACCAGACAAUAACAACAAUAACAACAACAAUAGACAAGGAGAGGACGCCGUCUGUGUGGAAAAUAAAAUGCUGCUCAACUUUUA